UUAUCCAAGAUGGCGGCCGCCGUGUUGGCAUUUGUGAUUUUUACGAAAACAUAGAAAUUUCUCUAUCUGUCAACCAAUUUGACUAAAUAUAGUCCAACACAAUAUGCGUUCCAAGUGUAAAGAAAUGACCCGUAUAUAGAACUUCUUCUUAAUUACAAGAUGUCGUGGUUGGGAGGCAGUUUGUCUUCGUUGACAGGUCAGCUGUCAAACCUGACGAAAGAUAUUUUGACAGAGGGAACAGAGGAAGUUAGUGAUCAUGUGACAGAGUUACGACUCGCCCAGGAGAAAAUUAAGGAGCUUGAUACGGUGUGUGUUAGCCAGAAGAUUGAGAUAGAUCGUCUGAAGUUAUUGAAUAGAGAAGCUGAGGAAAAGGCGGAAGGGUCUGAGUUACAGAUCAAUAGAAUAUCCACAGAAUACAGAACUUUACUGGAAGAAAAAGAAAAAGAAAUCAAGAAAUUGAAGCAUGAGGUACAGGACUUGAAGAGCUCGUAUGUGAGUCCAGACACCCAGCCAGCAGUACUUCGACUGGAUAGUGAUAAUGGUUUUGAAACUGUUAAUUAUGGAAGAGAUGAGCAUGACUUCAGCGACAGUAUCGCCAUGCAGCAUGACAUCAACCGCCUCCGUAACGAUCUCCGUCAAGUACAGGCCGAAUGUCAGCAUUGGAAAGGUCUUGUUCAACAAGAAAAUAAAUCUGGAGAUGGAGAAGUUCUUGGGAGCAAGGAGAACGAAGCAGGACUUAAGAAACAGAUUCAGGAACUCCAGCAACAACUCGGGCAAGAGAAAGACACAAAACAACAUGAGUUAUCUGCCCUUCAGGAUGCACAGACACAUAAAAUUUCACAGAUGCGUAAAAAACACAAGGAAGAGAUUGCUGAACUCAAGGCAAAGAUACAAGAAAUGGACUGGGGGUCGGAGGGCUGGGAAGCUCAGAUACCAGAGGAGACUGCAAACAUGAAGGCUACUAUUGCCUCUCUGAAUGAGGAAAUCUCCAAACUAAAGUCUGAGAGAGAAUCCAACUUGAAACAGAUUACCAGUCUGAAAGAAUCAGUGGAGGAGUACCAGUCAGAAUUAUCUGUCAAACAGGCACACAGUCUGCAUCUAGAAAACCAGCUCAAAGUGGCAAAAGAAGAGAUCAAACUACUAGAGGAAGAUCGUGAUCAGGUGGGCAGAGAUUUAGUGGAAACUAAACAACGACUCUUAGAUCAGCUGGAUGCAAACCAUGCUGAUACUCUGGAGGUAUUGAGUGAUUUGCGUGAUGUUCGUCAGCAUUUGGACAUGACCGCCAUUGAACGUAGAAAUAAGUUACUCUUGGAAAAAGAUAAACUUGUUAAUCAAAUGAUUACAUCAAAUGAACAGAAGAAAGAGUUAGAAUGUGCUGUUGAGAACUUGUCAGAACUGAAUGACUCGCUCAGAAAUGAGACAAAAUCAAUUGUAGAAGAACUAGGAGACAAAGAACAACAAAAACUUACUGCAGGGGUUGUAGACAGCCUUGAGAAGGAGACGAUAAUGUUGAGAGAGCAGAAUGUAGGAUUACAGGAGCAAAUUACACUGCUGGAGAAAGCUUUACAAAAUGUUAACCAAGAAAGACUUUCUGUAAGAGUCAGUUCAAAUUCUGAUCUUCCUUCCGGCGAUGAUUUGAUUAUGACCAGUGAUUCCGCCUCCCUGACCUCUGACCUGUCUGAGAUGUCAAGACGUAACUUUGAACUCGAUGAGCAAGUGAACACCCUUAAAGCACAGAUAAGAAACUAUGAAACUGAGAUAAGUCAGUUUGAAAUGAUGCAAUCUGAUUGGUUAAGUGAAAAGGAGGCCCUGGAAGGAGUGCUUGUGGAACUGAGAAAUCAGAUGAAAGCUAAGGAGAAUUCCCUAAAUGUUGCAGAAGCCAAAAAGGGCUUGUUAGCUGUUGCCAAACAUGAGGCUAGUAUAUCAGGUCUUCCUGACCUUGUUGAUCCAACUGCUGCCAUAGACAGUAUGGGAGAGAUUUCUAAAAACAGUAUGGUAGAGGAAAGAGAUCCAGGCACAGAUAGUAUGGCAGAGAUUGCAGACGAAGUGGUAGAGUUGGAUAGGAAAGUUGGAAUUUUAACAGAGGCUAAUGCCCAGUUAGAACAGGAGAGAGAUUUGUUGGUUGAUGAAAAGGCUUCACUGCAGCUGGAACUUAAAGAGCUGAAAGCAAAACUAGAAAGUCAUUCUAGUUUAACCGAAGCAAAAAGCCAUCAAGAUAAAGGGAAACCUCAAAAUGAAUCUUCCCUUAAUGGCCAGUUAAAAGAAAAGGAAAAAGAACUUCAAGCUUUAAUUGGUGGGAAAGAAGACUUAGAGGAAUCUGUUACAGGAACUUCAGAAGCCCAGUUGCAACAGAAACAAGAGGAAAUGGAAAAUUUGGUUAAAUCGCAGAAAGAAGAGAUUGAAGGAUUAGAAAAAGAGGUUCAAGAAUUAAAGAAAAAGAUGAGGGGAAAGAAUGAAGAAAUUGUGAAUUUGUCUCUCGAAAAAGAAGAAAUGAUGACAAGUUUAGAAGAGUUGGAUAAUCAGCAUCAAGAGGCUAUGGGUCACAUAAUAAAGAUAAAGGACCAAUUUGCAAAGUCGAAUGAGGAGUUGAAGAGCAAGUUGACACAGUCUGAAACAGAGAAGCAGACCAUGCAAGCAGAGUUUGAUAAACUUAAAAAUCUGAACCAGUCUGCAGAAUCUUCCUCAUCAAAUGAAUUGAACCAUCAGAUUGCAGAGUUGAAAGAUGAAACUGCUGAUCUUAGAAGAAGAAUUGAAAAGAGUAAUAGUAUGGUAAAGACACUUGAGCAAGAUUUAAAGACUAAAGAUGACCAGCUGAAUGAAAUGAAAGACAAGCUAGCAUCCAGUGCAGAAGCUUUGAAUAACUUACAUAUGGAUAAACAAGAAUUGAAAGAAAAGGUAGAUAAAUAUAAAACCGAGUUGGGUACACAAGCAGAAAAACUUAAAAUUGUUAGAGUUGAGAAUGAUAAACUUAAACAAGAAUUGGACAUUUCUGGUACAAAUGAAUCUUUGAAAAAAGAGGACUUGGUUCAUACUAAGAGUCAGGAUUCUAGUGAGAUAGAAACUAAAAAGCUUCAUUUACAGAUAAUUCAGCUCAGCUCAGACAUAGAAAGUGCAAAUGUUCAGUUAAAAGAAAGAUCGGCUGCAUGUGAGAGAUUACAAAAUCAUUUGAAAAAAGCUGAAGACAUGCUUAAUGAAUUAAAUAAAACUGUUGAAUGUAAAGAUACUGAAAAUGUUGAAUUAAGAUCUAGGAUUUCGCAGUUGGAGGCUGAAGAACUUAAACUUAAAGAAACACUGACUGCUACAAGCCUAGACUGUGAAAAGUUACAGAAGGAAAGUGAUAGAAAAACAUCAGAAUGUGAGAGUUUUAGUAGACAACUACAUGCUAUGGAAAAUGAAGUACACACUGUUAAGUCUGAACUUUCAGAAAAAGUAAAUGAAAAUGCUAAGUUAUCUAGUCAGGUAGAAAUGCAUAGCAAUGAAAUUAAAACUUUAAAACAAAACUUACAGGAAAAAAAUUCUGAGUGUGAAAUUGUAAUUAAAGAAAUUUCAGAAGUAAAAGACUUGUUAGAAGACACUGCUGAUAAAUUACAUUCCAAAUGUGAGGAGUGCCAAACAUUGAGAGAAAAAGUGGAAAGAUUAACAGGGGAAUUAGAAGAAAAUGUUAAUUCUGUUAAAAAUGAAUAUAAUGCUCAACUGUUAAGUGCAACAGGUGAAUUGGUUCUAGUAAAGGAGGAGUUAGCAAAUAGGACUGAAGAAUGGGAAAACCUAAAUAAAGUACUGUAUUUAAAAGAUGAGGAAAUCUCUAAGUUGAAAAAGGAAAAAAGUGCAAUGCAACAUGAGCUCGAACACCUUAAGACUGAGUUUGAUCAUGCAAAAGAGUCAAGUGAAACAAACUCUAAAGAAUUGUAUGAGUCUAUACUGCAAGAAAAGCAAAAGGGAAAUGAUACAGCAAUUGCUGAAAACUCUAGACUGAAAAAUGAAUUAACCAGUCUUGAUCAGAAAAUGGCAGAACAAAAACAACAUUAUGAAAGUUUUAUAGAAGAACUGAAGUCAGUUGAAGAAGCAGAUUCUUCGAGCCACCAAACACAGUUAAAUGUAUUGCUGGAAAAAUCUCAUAAAAAAGAUUUACAAAUAUCUGAAAAUGAAUCAAAAUUGAAUAAUUUAUACCUUCAACUUCAAGAUUGCCAGAAAGAACUAGUAACUAUGGAAGAAAAAAACCAAGAGUUGCAAACUGAUUGUGAUACUUACGUAAAAGAGAUUUCCGAACUAAAAAAAUCAGUGCAAAUUUUGAACUCAGAAAAUGCAAAAAUGUUAGAAUCUGUGAAUCAACAAGAAUUAACAUUGGCAGAGUUAAAUGAUGUUCAAGAACAGCUGGAUGCAGUGAAAACUGAAAAUUUAUCUUUAGAAAGUGAAGUCCAAAACUGCAAAUCACAAAAUAUUAAAAUAUUUGAAGAAAGUAAAAAUGAAAAAGAUAAGCUGAAUUCUCAGAUAAAAGAAUUACAGACAGAAUUAAGUUGUUUAAAACAAGUUGAACAUGGAAAACAUACUGAACAUGAGCAGUUGACUAGAGAGAAUGAAUCUUUAAAAGAAAGAGUGAUACAUUUGGAAUCUGAAUUGGAAAAGAAUAAACAGUUCAUUAAAGAUCAAGAAGCUGGUAUUGCAGAUUUAAAUCAGAAAAGAGCUGAACUUCUACAAGAAGUUCAAAAAGAAUCAGAGAAAAUAAAAUCACAAGAGGGAAUAAUAGAGGUGCUUAAACACAACAGUGUUCAAAAAGAUGAUGAAAUAACUUUGCUACAACGAAAACUUACUCGUGCCAAGUCAUUAGUAGACGAAGAACAAGUGCAGCAAAUUGAAAUGGCAGGUAGUAACUUGGCACCUCAGUAUCAUCUGCCUGCUCUAGAAUAUAAGGAACAAAAACCAGUCCAAAAUGCAGUUAUUGAAGAGAAAAUAGAAAAAGUUCAGACUCAAAAAAUUAUGAGUAUGCAAACACUUAAUGGUGACAUUGAUACCGAACAUUCCGUACAUGAACAUGAUGUGAUUGUAGAAAUUGAAAAACUUCAGGGCCAGUUGAAAGAAAAAGACAGUAUUAUUACUGAAUUACAAAGAAAUAAUGCCUCAUUGCUGAAGAUAAUGGACUCAAAAUCAAAAUCUCAGGGCGAUAAUUCUCUUGCUGAAAUGCACAAGCUUGAAAACGAAGUUAAAUCUUUGAAGAUUGAACGGGAACAAAUGAUGGAUGUCUUAAAUGAAAAGUCAAGAGAAAGUAGCAAUUCAAAGGCUGAAGUUCAAAGGUUAAUGAAUAUAGUUUCUGCAGAAAAGGUUGCUCUUGAAAAAUUGCAGAAAGACAAUCAAGAGUUGGUAGCCAAAAAAUCUGCAGAAGGCGAUGGUGUUCAUCUGGAUGAUAUGCAGAAAGAAACUGUUAAAAACUUAUCAAGAAUUAUCAGGGAUAAAGAUUUAGAAAUAGAAUCCUUGACUCAGAAAAAUGCAACUUUGCUGUCAGUAUUACAAGAAUCUUCGACUGAAGGAACUCAGAUUAAUUCACUAUUGGUGGAAAAAGAAAACCUGACAAAGCAGUUAGCUGCCUUACAAGGGGAGAGAGAACAAAUGAUUACAUAUCUGAACCAGAAGCAUCAAGAAAGUGUGGCUUAUCAUGCCGAGGUUCAAAGACUGACAGCAUUUAUAAAUACUGAAAGUGAAAAAUAUGAAAAAAUGAAAUCUGAUUAUGAUCAACUGGUGCCUCAGUUUGAAGAUAAGAAGCAGUCAUUACUAAAAGCUCAAAAUGAACUGAUAAAUUACAAACAGAAAUUACAAGAGUUAGAAGUGAAAACUGGUCAAAUGAUUCAACAGUCUGAAUCAGGAGAAACUGUUGAUAAAACUUUGUAUGAUGCUAAGAUUCAGGAAAAUAACAAACUUCAAGAAAGAUACCAAGAACUCAUGGAAAAUGUAAAAGAGAAAGAAACCAAGAUUCAGAAUAUGUAUCAGCAAGUCAGUGAUAUGGAACAGAACUUUAGAACAUGUGAUAGUGAGAGGGCCAGUUAUAAAAAGCAGGUAGAUAGUUACAUGUUCCAAGUACAUGGCUUACAAACAGAGCAGGGUGAUCUGAAGGCAGAAAUUGCUCAACUCAAACAGCAACGAGACAGUGCGGCUUCAGAGUGUCAGGUGCUGAAAGAAACAAAUAAUAAAUUGACUCUACAGGUUCAGGAUCGGGAUUUUGAAGUGUCAAGUCUCCAGGAGAAGACGAGGUCAUUGACUGUGAUGAUUCAGGAGCAGCAAGGUGAGAAAGGGCAAUUAGAACAUGUGAUUCAAGAGAAUGAGUCUACACAGAAGCACAUCAAACAGUUGACUCAUGAGAGGGACCAGGCUUUGCACAGGCAACGACAGAUACAGGAACAGAAUACCCAGUUGUUGAAAGAUAUUCAGUCUUUGAAAGAGAGAGAGGCAAAGUUGAAUAGAGAACUGGAUAGAUUAAGACAACAUUUGAUACAGAUAGAGGAUGGUUACACGAAGGAAGCACUGGCUGCUGAGGAACGAGAGAAAGAUUUACGUACCAGACUUACUGCAGCAGAAGAAAAUGCUCUCCAUUCAUCUUCAGCUGUGGAAUCGGCUAAUCAGCAUGCAAGUCACCAGUUGGACAGUCUUCAACAACAGCUCCAUUUUGUAUCUCAGCAGCGAGACCAGGCAUAUCUUCAGAUCUCCAGUCUCCAGGAACAGAACCAAAUGUACUCCAGCUCUAUGACCAAUCUCCAGAUGGUUCUUGAAGAGUUCCAGCAUGAAAAGGAGCGAAUGGUUGCUGAGGACACAGAGAGAUAUACAAAAGAGGUGAAGACAUUGAGAGAACAGGUGAACAAACUUCAGGCAGACCUCAAAUACACAAAGGAUCAGUUAGAGGAAGCGUCAGAUGGACUUGAGGCGGCAUCACGACUCAGUGAGCAGCUUGACAGGAAGGAGGAGGCUCUUGAUGCUCUCAGAGAGGAAGUUCAAAUUCGAGAAUCAGCACUUAAAACUGUAGAGGAUGAGCUGAGAAGUUUGAGAAGCAGAAAUGACGACAGAGUAGACAAGCUGGUUAUUAAGAAUCUAUUCCUGGGAUAUUUCACAACUCCACAGAAUAACAGACAUGAGGUGCUACGAGCCAUUGGUGGUGUUCUUCAGUUCUCGUCAGAGGAUUUUGAAAAGAUUGAUGGUAAACACAGUGGAGGGGGAUGGGUUCCAGGCUUUCUGAGGUUCUCUGGGGGUCAGAAAACAUCCUCGCCCCCAACAACCCCAGUUAGAAGGUCAACUAUAGGAGCUACCCCAGCUAAACCUGUAGACAAUUCCUUCUCCCAGAUGUUUGUCAAAUUCUUGGAGCGUGAGUCAUCACCUCCACCACCAACAGUGCGCCUACCUGCGGAGGAAAUGGUUCGAGAUGUACAAAAACAAAAAGAGACACAUAAACCGGCAUAUAAUCCAUUUACGGCACCAAGACAUGUUGCUAUGCCAACAAGUAGCACACCUACUUUAGGAACUCAAGGUUCACAACAUCUUCUGAUGAGUUCUGCGGUGUCUAUGUCACAAACUUUGCCAACAUUUGCGGCACCAUCAGAAAGUUCCCGAACUCCGCCUGGGUCAGGUCGGAAUACACCAGCCACAACUACUUCAGGGGCAAUAUUAAAAGAUGUCUUAAAUAGAUAGCAUAAUAUGAAGUGAUUGUAUGUACAAAAUAUGUGAUGUAGCUUAAUUAAAACAGCAAAUUGUAUCUCCUGUAAAUAUAUACCAUGUUGGUUUAGUGUAAUGGCUACAGAACACUGCCAGAAGAUUCUUAAGUCUUUUUAAGUAUUGAAUAACAGAUUUUGAACAAAUGAUUUUGAAUGAUUUUUAUGUGCAAUCUACCAUAUAUCCACUACUUUAGAUUCUGGUUAGAAAAAAGUUUGGUAGCUCAGAGCAAUGUUUGAGAAAGAUUGAACUCGGAAGCCAGGUUGUAACUAGUUAAGAAAUUAUUGAAACUUGAGAAAGGAAUUUUAUCUUUAUCUGGUAUGAAUGAUUUUGUUAAAUCAGACAGUAUGUGAUUAAAUGUAAAUAAUUAACAGUUGUGCACAUUUUUCUCAUGAAUUAAGAAUGCUCUCAUGUUUUUAGAAACACCUUCUUUCACUGUUCAUUGUUCGUGGUAUCUCAGUCAGAUUUAUCUAUGCCUUUGAAUUAUUGUGGUCAUCUUAUGUUUAAAAUAUUGCAGAGAUAUAUAAGCACUGUGUGUUUAUAAAUAUUUUGUCUGUGAUACAAAGCAAACAUAUGACUUUACUCACAUUUAUUUAACUUUAUUAACAGUUAGGACAGAUGAAAUAUAGUGGUGGUGAAAGUAAUAGAUGCUAAAGAGCUUCUAAAACAUUAUUUCUGUGAAAUGGUUCUAGCGCUUGCACCUCAAGCACCUUUGAAAUGGUUCUAGAGCUUGCACCUCAAGCACCUUUGAAAUGGUUCUAGAGCUUGCACCUCAAGCACCUUUGAAGUGGUUCUAGAGCUUGCACCUCGUGCACCUGUGAAAUGGUUCUAGAGCUUGCACCUCAAGCACCUGUGAAAAGGUUCUAGAGCUUGCACCUCAAGCACCUGUGAAAUGGUUCUAGAGCUUGCACCUCGUGCACCUGUGAAAUGGUUCUAGAGAUUGCACCUCAAGCACCUGUGAAAUGGUUCUAGAGCUUGCACCUCGAGCACCUUUGAAAAGGUUCUAGAGCUUGCAUCUCGAGCACCUUUGAAAUGGUUAUAGAGAGCUGUGAAAUGGUUCUAGAGUUUGCCCCUCAAGCACCUGUGAAAUAGUGCCAGAGCUUGCAUGUGAAGUAAUUAUUUUUGAGCUGGCACUUUUACUACAUUUGAAUAUAGAAGCAAGUAUUCAGUUUGAUUGAAGCUCUUGCUUGAAGUUAACUGUAUUUAAUUUACAAGGUGAAGAAUUUUUCUUUAAAUUUACAUUAAUAUUAUUAGUGAAUACCAUUUAAGUACAAGCAACAUUUUGUUUAUUCGUUUCAGUUUUACAGUUGGACUGUAACUGAUAGCUGUUCAUGUUUACAGUAAUAUGCAAAUAUUUAGUUGUUGAUUAAAAGAUAUAUUUGAAAUCAUAGAAAAAAGGAAUUUUUGUUAAUAUAGGACUGAAAGGUGAGGUGUCCGACCAGAGCUGGUGGUUAAAAAUGCCUCAUGAGGGCCCCGUACCCAGUUUGGGGUUGCCCCACAGAGUUUAAUCUCACCCAAAGUCUUUAUGUGUGUUGUUGGGAUUAAACUCCUUAUGUUUAUACAUACUGCUCACACGUAAUCUCGUGUUAUAGGUAGGUAGUGAUAGGCACGAUACUAAGUUCUCUUUUUAAUUGUAAAUCUUGCAUAAACUAAGAGUUUUAUAUGGUAAAAUAUAAACUUUUCAGUGUAGGCAGUAUAGACAGUGUACGUUUUUUGGUGUACUUGCUGAGCGCUGCCUAGGGGAGUCGUAAUUCAAGAUAAAGAUUCACAAAAAUAAAGAUACACUUUUGUGAUCUAAUAAAGGAUGGUAUAAUUUUACCAGGAAAACAGUAUCCUGACAUAACUGUACCAUUUAUCAAAAAGCAAUAUAGAACACUCUUAUUUACCAGAAGAUUGAUACUGUUUAUCAAGUAAAGUCAUUUAGCAAGCAUCAUAAUUACAUAAUUGAGCCGUGCCAUGAGAAAACCAACAUAGUGGGUGUGCGACCAGCAUGGAUCCAGACCAGCCUGCGCAUCCGUGCAGUCUGGUCAGGCUCCAUGCUGUUCGCUUUUAAAGCCUAUUGGGAUUGGAAAAACUGUUAGUGAACAGCAUGGAUCCUGACCAGACUGCGCGGAUGCGCAGGCUGGUCUGGAUCCAUGCUGGUCGCAAAGCCACUAUGUUGGUUUUCUCAUGGCACGGCUCAUAUGUGUUUCAUUUAUUCACUCUUCAGCAUUUAAGUACUUUAUAAAGUGCACACUUAUGUGGUCUGAAACAAAUUUGAUUUUUUAAUAUACAUCACAAUAUUAUCUUCACUUUGGAGAUGUUUCUUUUGCCUUAUCUGAAACAUUUUUCUCGUUGUAAAAGGGGCCAUACAGUAUUGGCUAAGUAUAACUUGCCUGUUAUACAGUGUAUUAUAUGAAACAGCAACCAUAACCUCACUGGUUCUUGAUCAUAGAAAUAUCACCUUAUAAAUUAUGUAAUAUCAAAUUAUUUAUAUAUAUCAUGAUGGUGGUGAAUCAAGGAAACUAUUUCCAUUUAUCACUGUGGACAUGGCAAAAAAUAAAAAUAAAAAUAUGGAUAAAAA